AUGGUGUGCAUUGUUGUUUCCGAAAUUUCAGGAAACGGUGUCAAGAUCCGAGGCGUAGGCAAUUACGUGGAGGCUAAGAGCGAGAAGGGCAUAAAAGAUGGUACGUGGCUGUUCGAUAAAAUUUAUAUCAUAACAAGGCAUAAAGGAGAGUUUCUCUUCGCUUCUGAGUCCGCAGAUGCCAUUCCACUGUCCCACGGAAAGGAACCAAUAAAACGAGGGAUUGAAACACCUUACGUAAGGGUAUGCUCAAGCUCAGCAUUCAACCCUAAUAAUCACACGAUUGUAUUCACGCGCCAAAUCGCAACUUGGUUUUAUUCCUCACCAACAGCCUUUCCAAGGACGAAAGAUAGCGAGGGAAAUCUGUGGCUAGAAUCGGACGACGCCCGCUUAAUCGCGUACAAGAAUAGGAUGAACUCGGGAAGCCCUUUUCAAUCGAGCACCUUUAUAUUGUGCAUGAGAUAUUCACAGCAGCGGCAUAGCGCACCGAGCAACGAGUCUGACUCUGUACACUCGUUGUUGCAGGUCAUUACAGUGGUUAAUAAAGACGACGAUGACGGCUUCGACCUAUCAGAGAGGCAGUCGUCGUCGCAAUUCGAGCUAGAGACGUUGCGGAAGAGCUCAGGAGGAGCGUUGAUAGAUUGUUGCAUACAGUAUCAGGUGAAUGUUAAGACGUUGCCCUUCGCCAUCGCGGUCCCAACGUACGUCUUCGCCGACUGUCUCUCCCCAUAUCGGUAUGGAUGUGUUCUUGUAAUUAUCGCUAUGUGUGCGUAUAUUGGCAUGAGAAAGCUAGGAAUUAGGCCGAAUAUAUACCUGAUCGUUGUAUAUAUUAACCGCCCAUUCACAUUCAAAAACAUAUGUUUGAAACGCUUUUCUAUCUCAGAUUUCCUCCGAAUUUCACCUUAUCUCUCACCAGUUUCUCAGCCACUUGGAUACCCCCGAUUCCAAAUGCAGGCCUGCAUCCUCAAACAAAGUAUCCCCCUUGCACUCGAAAGCCACGCCAUCUCCCCGUUGCGCCAUCGUCAAGGCUAUCCAUUCCUACUUGAAGGCGACGCCUCCGCCUUCAAUUUUACGAAGAUAUUCUAUGGAGCUAGGAAUUCAAGGAAAAACGCACAAGAAGCAAAGCAGGUUAAGGCUGAAGGUGAAAGUGAAAGGAAUUUGUACUACUUGUCGGUGAGGCCGAAAACUAAGUGA